CUCAUGCUUUGCUCGUUCAGUAAUUGAGGUGGCAGCAGAAAUCAGUACGCUUGUCGACUCCCAACAGUUCGAAAAAUGAAAAGUGCAUGAUAAAGUGUAGAAUUGGAAAGAAUUGUUGCCCUCGUAAUAAAUAAUGAACUAUUCAUGCCGCUGUUUAAUGUUGUAAUUCGAGUACAAUUCCACRAAUAGAUGUUUUCCUUUGUUUGCGCCUUCGUCUGCGUGUUGCGUGUUCACUCUGGUAUGCCGCAGUGACAUUGCACUGCAGUAUGUCUUCCGGGGACAAUCUACAGCGGAGGAUUCGGUUUGAUUCGAAUCGUUUCGCUUCGUCUUUGGCUUACCAUCCCAGGGCCACCAUCGCUGCCAACGACGACACCGUGGCCACCGAGGCGCCGACUCCCAUCGAAGCACCGCUCGAGGCGGUGGGGGCCUCCGUGUCGGAGGAGUCGGAGACACCAAUGGGAGCGCCCGACGGCGCCUUCGACGUGCUGAUCGCCGGCAGCUCGUACGUUGGAGACGGCGUGGCCUCGACGGGAGCAACCGUGGGGGGGAGGGGCUCGCCGGAAACCUCGUCUUCGUCCUCCUCCUCCGGGACAAAGGUGGCGCAGUCGAGGGAGCAGCCCGCGAUCAGGUCCGUCACGUUCUGGGAGAGGUCGGCCCCGGCGCUCGUGAUGGUGCACCGGAAAAAGUCGUUCGCCUCCUGGCCGCAGGGAGGGCACCGCGAGGUGAUGGGGCAGAGGGCGGCCUCGACGACUUCGCACGAGGUGAUUUCGUCCUCGCUGGGGAUCGCCGCCAGCUCGUCCUCGGUCGGGAGGAGGGUGAGGCACAGGUUGGACAUGGCRCAGGGGAGGACAUCCUUCUCGAGCUGGCCCAUGCAGUCGGCCGGAAAGAAGUCGAGGAGGCCUUCCGGAACCAGGGAGAGGGCCAUGCCRUCCGGGAGUUGCUGGGCGCUUACCGCCGGGGGGGACGAGAGCCACAGGGCCAGGAGGGGUGCGAGGCGGGACGAGAAAGGAGGCAUGGUGGGUGGAGUAGAGUGUUGUAUGUGUGUUGAGGGAAUGGUGUUUGUCUUGCGGUGGAUUGCCGAAGGGCACUUGCGCAGCAGGAGGAGAAAAAAGAAUGUUUGUGACACAACGCAUCCGAUGCGUAGGAGUAUGACUACUAGUAUUAGUACUUACUCACGGAAGUGGAAUAAAACAGGUAUGCACGACUAUCGUAUCGUACCUUACGGAAGUUUCAGUACGUACAGAUUCGUAGGUACAGUACGUAUGCCAAAUUUACAAAAGAAGAUUUUUAAUUUGUAGAGCAUGUACCGUACGUACUGUAUUACAGUACAGUACUUCGUAUUAUUUUUUUAAAAGACCAUCGCGCGGGGCGAGAUUCAAAAGACAAAGAUCGAAAAGUAGCUGUAUCCCGCGCAAACAACAGAUCAAUCGAUAGUUCGAACGACACGUUAAGAAUACCAUACGGUACUGUACUCCCCUUUUGUCAGGGUGGUUCGAAAGUUUUGAGACAAAAACGCAUUUAUGUUCCGUUAGUGAGGCCCAACCCCAACCCCAACUAUUUCUGGCUCGAGAGACAAAAUGAUCUUAGGUAUUAGCUUCGGUCGGAAAAGUGGCACGAGACUUUUGAAUUUUAAAAACUAAUCAGCAUCACUUUUCCACCUUCUUUCUUCCAGCAAUGCUUCUUCAGCCACGAGAAGGCAAAACCAGAAACAAGGAGUCAAAAAGAAUCUGGAAAAAGGGGGGGGGGGAAAGGCAUCAAAUUAAAAACAAUGGGAACACAGGAAUUAUAUUUUGUCGAAAACUUGCGCGACUUUCCCAAAAGCUUUUCCACAAUUUUUUUUCGAUCGAUUAGUAUUUCAGUUUCGACUAUUCCACGUUACGAGCCGAUUAUCCCAAAAUCCCCGUCCGUCCUUCAUCAUACAGAAUGUCGUCAUUCGGUUGAAGUCAAUCAUGUUGUUCGUCGUGUUCUUUGUUUCAUACGGUACCGGUACAAAAACAUAUCGUACUGUACUAGGUACCGUACCGCACCGCACAGUACCGUACAACACACCACCUACGUUACUAUGCGUGCUUGGUAGUAUGGGCAUCGUACAAUACAACAUCUACUAUUCC